UGUUUUGAAGUUUUCUCUGCUUCCCGUGUGAGGUUCUUGCUCCAGAUUUGAUUCUGAAUGCCUCGUUUUCUCUCUCAAGACUCUGAUAAGAAGAGGGAUUUGAGGAUUUGAGCUUUCUCGUGUGGUUGUGUUUUGGGUGAAAAUGGGAAAUUGGAAAAGAAACCAGAGAAGAAAUUAUAAUUAUGAAUCUCCAAGGUCACACCACACUGGACCUGCUCCAAGGCCUCCUCCCCAUCCUGGCUUGUGGCAGAACAGUGUGCCUUCAUGGGAAAAGAGAUUCUGCACUUCUGUAGGAAUUCCAUGGGGAAAGGUUGUGGAUGCCAAGAAAUAUAUACACUAUCAUGUUGAUGUGCUUAACUGGAAUGAUUUGGCUGGUGAAGAGGCUUUCCACAAUGCAAAGAGACGCUUUUGGGCAGAGAUCAAUGGUAUCCCCUGCAGCAUCUCUCAGCCUGAUCCAGAUAUCUAUAUUGACAAUAUUGAUUGGAAUCCUUACAUUGAUCCAGAACUAAUGCGGAACUUGGAUAAAGAGUUCUUUGCUCCUGAUGAGAGAGAACAAGAUUGCAAGUUGGGGGAUUCAAAUCAAAAGACUAACUGUCCAUUGCCUGGUCACACUGCAGAAGGGUAUGAUAGGAAUCCAGCCAGUGGUGACAAUCCCUGGGAGUUGAAUAUGCCGAAAACUCUGAAGGAUAGAGCAUGGGCUUGGGACAAGUGGGGUGGUUGUAAAACUGAGUUGAGGAAUUUGGAUAAAACCAACUCCCAAGUGUCUGGUUAUGCUACAGAAGGGCAUUAUAGAAAACCUGACGGUGGUGAUAGUCCUUGGGAAUAUUGGAACGUGCAGGGAGUUUUGAAGGAAAAAGCACGGGUGAGGAACCAGUGGGGGGGAAAUAUCAAUGAGUCAAGGAAUUUGAAUGGUGAUGAUAACCGUUGGAAGCACAGUUGUACUUGGGCUAGUGGUGCUGUGAGGGACGAUUCAUGGGGAAAUUGUGAGGGUAAUUCUUGGAGAAUGUGGAAUGAGGUGCCAAAGCCUAUUAAUCAGUUAAGCAAUUUGGAUAAUGGUGUUGAUAAUUGGAACAGCAGCUGCAACCAGGCUAAUGCAGCUCAAAGGGACAAUGCAUGUGGAGGUUGGAGCCAGGGAUGGAACUAUCAGAAUAAGUCAAGGAAUUUGGAUACUGUGGAUGAUCCUUGGGAACGUGGCUGUCAGGGCACUGAAUCUAUGGGGUUUAAACAAGGGGGAGACUUGGGGAAUAAUCCUUGGGGAGGGAACCAUUGGGACAACAGUAUUUAUAAGCAAAAAAAUGUAUUUGAUAGUCACAGUCCUUGGAAAUACUGUGCCUUUCAGGGUACGGAAGCUGCAAAGGAUAGAAGUGAUAGUGGAGACAAGUCACAGGGUUGGAAACAGUGGGAGAAUCAUAAUAAUGAGCCAAAAAAAUUGGAAUCGAGGAAAGUUAGUGGAGGUUGGGGAGUCUGGAAUGGUGGUUGCCGGAAGAGAGAGGGUUCUCAUAAAAAUACAUCGAGUUACAAAUGCUCAAGGGUUCAAGGUGAUAGUUACCAAACAGGUCAUUGGGGGAGGAAGGGAAGAGCAAAGAAGAGGGUCAAUUUUUUCAAUGGAGUAGACAGUAAUGAAUAAAAUGCCUCUGUUAUGUGAUGAUGGAAUUCCAUCAAUUUUGCUGCCGAUUAAUCAUCAUCAACCUGGAGCUGGCUGUCUUGACAUCAUUAAACUAUGAUAUUUUCUGUUUGAUUUUUUCUGCAGGCAGGGCCAACUUAUUUGCUUCUUCUUUGCAGUUUAUUCAACACCUGAACAAUAAACUUGUCAAAAUCACUACAGAGUUGUUCAAAAGUUUUUAGGACUUCUUUUCUCUUUCUUUGAGAAGUUGCAAAACCAAUGGUGAGGGACCAGGGGUGAGGGCUUUAAUUUGAAUGGAUAUUGAGCCCUUUGGCUGUUGAAAUCAUUACUGCUUAAACCUCACAAGCACUAGCGGACGAUUUUCUUGCUACUCAGAUUUUAGUGAGAAGUGUCGGUGAUUGAACAAGUCAACAUGCAAAGGGUCUUGCCAGAGCCAUGAUUCUUCCCAGGAAAAUAAAUUGUUCAUGUUAGUGAGCUCAGUUCCACAGUUGGAAGUCCCAAGGGAACCAAGAAGAUAAUGCCCAACCAUGACAAGGUUCGACUCACUCCAGACUUGAAGAGACAAAUUCAGUAGUUAUAACAAAAUAUUCUUCCAGUUGGGCAUCUGUGAUCUAACAUAUGAUAGUUGACACCUCUGUGCCCAGCCUAUCUAUAUCUAUUUUUAUGAAAUUGACUGGAGCUAAUCUUGAUGUGGAUACCGUUUUCCAGACCUAGUGCAGAGAACCACUGAACCAAGCAUUCAGUAGAGCCUGAAGGAGCCUGUACUUUAGACACAGUGAAGCUAUGAUUUUUCUGGUGAUCCCAUAAUCUUGAACUUUCAAGAGUUUACAGUCCGAUGUUCUGUUUGCUUAGUAUCUUGGAAGACUUACAGAAGAGUUGAUUAAUGUAGAUGCUUCUUUGUAUGAUAAGAGAAUUUCUGUAUGGAAUCAUUGUAACCUUUUUCUUUUAAUGGGCAUCUUAUACAACAAUCCUCAGGUUUCAAGUUGAAUGGUUUGAGCAGUUUAUUCUGCCUGACUUAUAGAAAAUGGUAACUCUUCAAUUUCUUCUAACAGCAAAGAAAGAGAUCAUCCUCCCUUUUUUCCCCAUAGUCCAAACAAUCACAUAAACAAGAAAUUAUGUCAAAAAAUGAAUGAUGUGAAUAAUACAAUUAAUUUUACAAUUUUUUUUAUUUUUUAUUUUUUUUGAAGUUUAGGUUUAUCAAAGUUGUAUAGUAAAAUCCGUGCCAAGGGGACAAAUUGAAAAGUUCCAAGCUAUUAAUUCUGGGCAAGCAUAGUGAAAGCACUAGAGGAAGAAGAACUCCUCAGGAAUGAGAAAUUUGCAGAGGGGAGCCUGAAGAACUCUAAAAUGCCACCUCAGCCCCAACCCCCGAAACCCCAUAAGUUUUACUUCUUCUACGGCCACAGAAAACCUUCUCAGAACCGCCCCACUGUCCAUGGCGGUCUCUUCUCCAACCGCACAACCCUAAACCCUAAACCUCCAACCCUCCAAAACCCUACUACGCAUUUCAAUCUCCAAAAUUGGGACCCAGACUCUCCCAAAGCGCUAGCGAUCCCACCCUCCAAAACCCCAUGUGAGCGGUUCUUCGACAUUGCAAAAAACUUGUCUCCUAUCGCCCGGUACAUCUGUGAUUCGUUCCGGAAGCACCGGAACUGGGGCCCUCCAGUGGUAGCGGACCUCAACAAGCUCCGCCGUGUGACGCCGGUGCUGGUGGCGGAGGUGCUCAAGGUCCAAACUGACCCUGUAAUUUGCUCCAAGUUCUUCCAUUGGGCGGGUAAGCAAAAGGGUUAUAAGCAUAACUUCGCUUCGUAUAAUGCAUUUGCUUAUUGCUUGAAUCGAUCGAAUCAGUUUAGGGCUGCUGAUCAAGUUCCUGAGUUGAUGAACAUGCAGGGGAAGCCACCUAGUGAGAAGCAAUUUGAAAUUUUGAUUAGGAUGCAUAUUGAUGCUAAUAGGGGUCUCAGGGUUUACUAUGUGUAUGAAAAAAUGAAGAAGUUCGGGAUUAAACCUCGGGUUUUUUUGUAUAAUAGGAUCAUGGAUGGGCUUGUGAAGACGGGUCAUUUAGAUUUAGCAAUGUCAGUUUAUGAGGACUUUAAGGAAGAUGGAUUGGUGGAAGAGAGUGUUACUUAUAUGAUUCUGGUUAAAGGGUUAUGUAAGGCAGGCCGGAUUGAUGAAGUGUUGGAGCUUUUGGAUCGGAUGAGGGGGAAUUUGUGUAAGCCCGAUGUUUUUGCUUAUACAGCAAUGGUGAAGGUUCUGGUUGCAGAGGGGAACCUGGAUGGCUGUUUGAGGGUUUGGGAGGAAAUGAGGAAGGAUAAGGUUGAGCCAGAUGUUAUGGCGUAUACAACUUUGGUUGCAGCACUAUGCAAUGGGAACCGGGUUGGGGAAGGUUUUGAGUUAUUCAAGGAGAUGAAACAGAAGAAGUAUUUGAUUGAUAGGGCUAUAUAUGGGUCAUUGAUUGAGGGUUUUGUUGUGAAUGAGAGGGUCGGUUCAGCCUGUGACUUGUUGAAGGAUUUGAUGGAUUCGGGAUACAGGGCUGACUUGGCGAUAUAUAAUUCUCUAAUAGAAGGGAUGUGUAAUGUGAAACAGGUUGAUAAGGCUUAUAAGCUUUUCCAAGUCACAGUUCACGAGAGUCUUGAGCCGAACUUCUUAACUGUGAAACCCAUGUUGGUGUCUUAUGCAGAGAUGAAAAGAAUGGAUGACUUCUGCUCAUUGCUUGGGCAGAUGCAGAAAUUGGGUUUUCCCGUCAUUGACGAUCUCUCAAAAUUCUUCUCAGUUAUGAUUGAAAAAGGGGAAAGACUAAAAUUGGCUUUAGAAGUGUUUGAGCACUUGAAGGCAAAAGGUUAUUGUAGUAUUUCCAUUUACAAUAUUCUUAUGGAAGCUAUCCACAGGACUGGAGAGGUGAAAAAGGCAUUGUCUCUCUUUGAUGAUAUAAAAGAUUCAAAUUUCAAGCCCGACUCAUCCACCUACAGUAAUGCAAUUAUAUGUUUUGUUGAAGUUGGGGAUGUCCAGGAGGCGUGUGCUUGUUAUAAUAAAAUAAUAGAGAUGUGUCAGCUUCCUUCUGUUGCAGCCUAUCGUUCUCUUGUCAAAGGUCUCUGCAAAAGUGAAGAGAUUGAUGCAGCUAUUAUGCUUGUUCGUGAUUGCUUAGCCAAUGUUACUAGUGGCCCCAUGGAAUUUAAGUACACUCUUACAAUUCUCCAUGCAUGUAAAUCAGGUAACGCUGAGAAAGUGAUCGAUGUACUAAAUGAGAUGAUGCAGGAAGGUUGUACUCCUGAUGAAGUUACAUAUUCUGCUCUUAUAUCUGGCAUGUGUAAGCAUGGAACACUAGAAGAGGCUAGGAAGGUUUUUUCAAAUAUGAGAGAGCGCAAACUUUUAACAGAAGCUAAUGUGAUUGUGUAUGAUGAAAUCCUUAUUGAACACAUGAAGAAGAAGACAGCAGACUUGGUGCUGUCUGGAUUGAAGUUUUUUGGUCUGGAAUCCAAGUUGAGAUCGAAGGGUUCCACUUUGCUGCCCAUUGAAAAUUCAAAUCCAGGCUCAUCUUGAAUGAUAUCUUCUUCCAGUGCUUGAUGAAAGCUACAGCAGCUGAAGCAAGACUUAUGGAGAAUGCAGGAUGAUUAUUGUAGUAGUCUCGGCCUUUCUAGCCUCAGGCUUUAAGCAAAACAAAGGACAAAUUUGAACCAUUUUUGGGGCUGUCCCCUGUACAGUAGAGCAAUUGGCUGUCCAGUAGUCAUAGAAGACCAAAUUGAUAAGCCUUCUUCAGUGAGGUGAUAAUUAAUGUAUUUCGAGUCUAAACCCAGCUUCCACAAUCUUAUAGACAUCAAGCUCAGUUGGAGUGGGUGCCGAAGGACAGUUCAGAACAAUCUCAACCUGCAUCAGAGCUCAAUGUGUAAGGUGCAGAUCAAUCUGAAGUGCAUAUCUUGCUCGUGAGGAAUAAUAAUGCUGUAUUAUUCAUUACUAAUUUCACAAAUGUUCAACAAACCCAAUAUGAUAUGAUUUAUCAUACAAGUAUGUCUGAAAUAUUAGUUCCAAUAAAUAUACAUUGUUCUUGAUACAAUAAUUCAAUUGGAAUAAAGAGCUGAUUGAAGCCA